AUGGGUCGACUAAGGAGAUCAAGAACUCACCACGCACGAAGAGAUGUCCAUCGACUUGCUCGUACAAGAGUCAGAGUAAAAGAUCUCGACCAAAUUGAGAUGGAUCUCAGGCCUGGAAACAGAGCUAAAUUAGAAAGACAAGAGAUUGAUGAGGAUAAACCUGGAUUAGGUCAACAUUACUGCGUCGAAUGUGCUAAAUACUACGAAACUGAUUUGGCUUUGCGAAAUCAUGCAAAAUCAAAAGUGCAUAAGCGACGAUUGAAGGAGCUAAAAGAACCAGCUUACACGCUGACCGAAGCUGAGAAAGCGGCUGGAUUAGGUCAGGAUAAUACACAGAGAGGUGUAGAGGAUGUGGUGAAGAAGUUCGAGGGAAUGUCAAAUGCACAGGAGGAAGAAAAGAAAGUAAUCUAA